CCCACGUCCACGUGCCGCUGUUUACUUGGGCCGCGGAGCAGAAAGGGACCGACCAGCUGCGCCUCUACCUGCCUCGGAACGGCUGUGUGAAAUUUAAGAGUGGAGGUUAUCCGGGUUCUGCAGAUCGUGACAGCGCCGAGCCACGGCCCGGCUCUCCUACACGACUUGGAUGCUUCCGGGGGCGGCUCCACCUCUUGGGCCCACGUGGUGAGCAGCGUUUCGCGCGGGUCCUGCAUGGGUUCCUCCAGAGUUGGAAUGGCGGGUACCUCGGCCUGCGGUGCCCUUCGCUUCUCCUGCCCUCCCCACUUCACGGCGAUGUCUCCAGACUCGGAUCCCCCCCGUUUCUCCUUGGAGGCACUUAAGGGUCAAGAUACAGAACUGUGGCUUAUCCGAGCCCCUGCAGACUUCGCCCCACAAUGUCUCAAUGGGCGGCACGUACCUCUCUCUGGCUCCAAGACUGUUAAGGGCAAACUGGAUGGCAAGAAGCACCGAUACCGCGUAUUUACCAGCAGUCCCCAGGCUGGAGAAGCCACCUUGCUCGCAUCUUCAUCGGAGGCAGGUGGCAGGCUCACCUGCGCCCCGGCCCCCAACGGGUGCUUAAGGAUCAUGGAGGGUCCUCAAGAAUAUCUUAUCUCUCGGGUCCCCCUGCAGCUGAUCCCUACAAGUCUGCCACCUCAGAUCCCUGCUGGCCUGCGGCCUCGCUUCUCCGCCUUCGGAGGCAGCCCUCCUGUCACAGGGCCGGGUUCAGCCUCGGCUCUGAGGUCACCCACUUCGGGGAAGAGGAAAAAUAAGAGAAAGCGUACAGAGGCCUCAGACACUCGGGAGGCUGUGAACAGGCACGGGGCCAUAGAAGUGGAAACAGCCUUGGGUAACCUAGGAGUGGAUGUGAAGAAGAGAAAGAGGCAUUACGUGGGGGAGGAGAUGGAGGCCGAGACAAUGGAGCCCGUGGCAGAGCUGCCAGUCCCAUGUACCACCAGCAGCAAGAAGAGGAAGAAGUCCAAGGGAACAGAGACAUCCCAGGCGGAAAAGGAUCCAGGGCACACAGAACCUGUGGCUCAAACAGAGCCUCCUGAGGGGACCUUCCUGUCCCCCACCAAAAAGAGGAAGAGGCAAAAGGAAGCUGAAGGGACAGAGGAGGUGGAUGAUAUCGUCCUACUGUCCCCCACAAAAAAAAGGAGAAAGGAAAAGAGACAGAAUUUGGUGAUGGAGGCAGAGAUGGGGCCCCCUGGAGUACUCAUGGAGACCGAACUUUCAGAACUUGGGCUUCAGGCUGAAGUAGCUCCUAUGACCCCCAAGAAGACAAAGAAGAAAAGGGGAAAGUGGGUGGACGAGGCAGAGGUGACAGAGGCUGCACUUCCGGCUGACUUUGAGCCCCAGGAGGCUCUAGCACCCAGCAAGAAAAAAGAGAGAGGACAAAAAGCAACAGAGACCGGGUCUGAGGUGACUGACCCAAGACAAUCCGAGGAACCAGAGCCUAAGGCCAGUCAAGAUUACCCCAAGAAGAAGAAAAAGAAGGAUCAGGAGACUGAGGUGCAAGACACCAUUCCCCAGUGAGAGAUGUCUUCCACGGACAGGAGAGCAGGAGAGGAGACUUCAGCAGGAGCCCAGGGAAGGGCAACAGGAGGGACCCGCAGGGCUGAGGUCAGAAAUCAGCUGCAUAGAUACUCCCUGCCCCCAACCCCUGGUCCCUGAAGCAAACAUGAAGAGCCACGGGAGCCUGGGCAUGGGAAAUGCUUUAUUGUGAUACUGGGCCUCGGUGGCGGUGGCA